AUGACAUGUGGUCACGCUCGUGCGCGUCACAUCUCAGGGGCAUUGUUGUUGUGCGCAUGCAUCAGCGGGAUCUCCUUUAGCUUUCCCAGGCAAUCAAGUCCGAGUCUUUACAGAGAAAAAGUUGGACAAAGCUGGAGUGUCAAGGUAGAUCCCCAAGCGCUUGGUUCCAGAAGGGUGUCUCGUGAGGAAUCCGAGCUUACAUGGAAUAUCGCUACAGCAGGUAAGAAGGGUGACUGGUUCAAAGUUUCCAGACAGUUUCGGAGCUACACUGGCUCCGCCCCGGGUGUUUACGCAGCAGCAAUGCAAGCUGCCUACAGGUGUGGCAAGCAAGCAGAGGCCGCGAAGAUAUAUCAUAAAUUCAGGAGCUUACCGGCCUGUGAGCUGAACAAAGUGGUUCUGCACCUGGCACUCAAGAUUUUUGGCAAGCUGCACAAUGUGGAUAUGGUCCAGCAGAUCUGGAAAGAGGCUGCAGACAGGAAGUGGAUUGACAAGUUGUUUGCCGGAGCUCGCAUCGACGCGGCUGCCGAAGUAGGCGAUAUAGCAGGUGCCGCCCAAAUUCUUGACUACAUGAUCACGAAUACGCUGCAGACAGACUCGAUUGUGUUCAAUUCGGCCAUCAAUGCAUGCAAGAACGCCAACCCACCAAGCCACUCAGGCGCUAGGUACCUCUACGAUCAGAUGCUGGCUAGAGGACUGCAACCAUGCGUGUCAACUUUCACAAACCUGGUUCGAGCACAUACUGGGGCAUCGCUGGACAAAAUCCAGCAUGUACGAGCAGACAUGAAGUUUCGCGGGGUUCCGGCUAACCGAAUGUUUCUGGAAAGCUACGUUGCAGCAGUAUUCGGCACAGGAAAAGCCACCCCAAGAGAUGAGUCUGAGCUUGCCAGAGAGCUCAAAGCAUUGGGAGAUGACCGCCUCCGCGAACUCAGGUCAGUGUUGGACGAGGUUCAUUCGCUUGGAGUCACGACAAAGCUAUCCAAAUAUGUGCUCAAGGUCUUGCAUAAGGUCCUGUCAGGCUCCACUGAGUAUUGA